CCCGCCGUCAUCAUCCGUCGAUCACUUCUUCGAUCACUCGUUCGAUCACAUUUAAUCACACACCACCGGUACCGGGUGAGGGGACAGGCGUCAAAGAUCAUUCACUUAGCGGGAGAUUAGAUAACGGACACACACAGUCCCCCACAGGGCAGCGACAAGAUCCCGACACGAUCAGCUCAUAGAGCCCCCCCCCCCCCCCCCCCUAGCAAGAUACUCACGUGGCAUAGCUGAAACGCUUGGAGCGUAGAUGAGCGCCAGAUCCACGCCAUCGAAUGCGUCGUCUAGCUCUCGAGGGGUGCCGCGGGUCGGCGGUAUAAGAUGCUAUUGGGCUUUGUGCUGUUUGGAUCCUGGUUCAAGAUUCGAUCUGCUCUUCGUGCAUCCUGAUCCGGUGCUUUCGGUGCACAUGGCAGCACAAAAGAUGUCUUUUCUGGGACGAAGCCUUCUCAGCUUCAUUCAUCCAGCAGAACGCGAGCAGGCUAGAUCCGAUCUAGCCAGCGCAAUCGCAGCAGAUGACCUGCAGGGAAGUGUGACAAGAGUCCGUUUCGCCCGUCUCGGCCAGAUAAGGCGCCUACUCGGAGCGAGCGAGGAUGACAUUGAGAAACCUUUUGACGCGCAGACAUUCGUGGAAGAUGACGAAUAUCUCAUACUAGACCUCGUAUUGAACUGGGUGGCUGAUGGUCUGCUGUUGGCCUUUUUCCACGCGAUACGAGACAAGGAUCCCGUCGCCAACAAUGACCCCGCCCGGAGAAAUGACGAAUGGACCAAUUAUUGUGGAACGGCCAGCAUUGGCGACGAUCAAAUCCUCGCACUGUCACAGAGCAUAUCUCACUACCUGCCUUUCAUGCCUCAGUCUCGUUACCCUCCUUCUAGGGUGUUUCAAAUCCAUACAGCCUCCAUGUCCCCUCUUGAGCCGCACACGCUCACAUUCUCAUGGCCUCCGCCACGGCACAGCGAUUCCGACUCUAUACUUGAUGGGUCGUAUGAUGCUGAAGAAUACUCGAAUCUCAUGAGAGGCGUAGACAUGGAUCCGAAUCAACUGCCAGCGACCCCUAUCGAGCAGCGGACCAACUGCACCACCAGAUUUGGCGCCAGACACACGGUGACAUCCGAAGGUCUCUUCCGUCAGAUAACGAGUGUUUUCAUUCCCUACGGAAACCUGAUCUUCUCCUGCUAUCAAACAACAAAGCAGGUGGAAUUGCAGCAACGGCUUCCCGAACACGUCACACAUGCCGGCCCAACCCAAUCUGGCCAGGACGGAGUCACUCAAGAGGCCAUGCUGGGCUAUGGCUAUGUGCCACCGCAGCAGGAUUGGGCCCGGAUCAACGAAAUGCCUAAUGAAUGGAACCAAAGCAACUACACCAUGCCCUUUCCCCAGACGCCAUCGAGUCUCUCGUACUCGCAUCCGUCGCAGUCUCCCUACAUCGAGGACCCUUUAUUCAGUCCAACCUUCCUCCAAGAAUCAGCAGCAUAUCCGGCUCCCUCGGGUGAUCGUGACGGACCGAGACUCGAUCUAUCUUCCUCGAUGUCAUCGGCUAGGCGUUCGACGUCUGCAACGACUGCGUCAAGCAGCUCGCGACCACUGAUCAGACCCCCAGGAGACGUCCAAUGCUGUCGAUUGUGCGCGACAACCGAGAGUCCUGAGUGGCGGCGAAGUGAGAGCGGCAUCAAAGAUCUCUGCAAUGCGUGUGGGCUGAGACUUGCUCGACAAGUUGCAAAACGCGAAGGCCGACAGAAACCCCGCAAAAGAAAGGAACACGACGCAUAGCGCGACUUUGUUUUGCUUUUGGGUUGACCCUCUCAGGCCCUCUAGAGGUCUUUGUCAUUGGUACAUCUGUUGUUCUUCAUCUUGGCAGGCAUGCAUAUG